AAAACUUGAAAGAGAUUGUUGCUUUAUUACGUCUCUUUUCUUCUUUACAUAGUCAACAAAACAACAAUGGAGUAUUCACUAUAAAUUUGCAUCCCAUCAUCCUUCAGUUUCAACUCAUAUUUCCAAAUUCAACUCCAUCUUUUCUCUCAAAUCAUCUCUUUAUUUAUACAUAUCAUCUACGGAAAAUAACAGUUACUCUAUAAUAAUGGCUGAGGAGUCACAGAAGAAGGUUGUGUUUGACAGAGAAGCCGCGAAGCAGGUUGUGUUUGACGGAGAAGCUGCGUCGUCGCUGGUGAAGGAGCUGAGGGUGAGUUUCAGUUCCGGUAAGACGCGGAGUUACGAAUGGAGAAUAUCUCAGGUGAAGGCUCUUUUGAAAAUGAUGGCCGAACAAGAGGAUCAAAUCGUUGACGCUCUUCGUUCUGACCUUGCUAAACCGCCACUUGAAACGGUCGUCUACGAGAUUGGUAUGUUUAAAAACUCGUGUGAACUCGUGUUGAAGGAAUUGAAACAAUGGAUGACACCAGAAAAGGCUAAAACUUCAAUCACAACUUUUCCUUCUUCGGCUGAAAUCAUACCUGAACCACUUGGGGUUGUGUUAGUUAUCUCCGCGUGGAACUAUCCAUUUUUGCUGUCCCUUGAUCCAGUCGUUGGGGCUAUAGCCGCUGGUAAUGCUGUGGUUCUAAAACCAUCCGAAAUUGCUCCAGCUUCGUCUUCACUGCUGGCGAAAUUGUUAGGGGAGUACUUGGAUAACUCGUCUAUAAGAGUUGUAGAAGGGGCGGUGGAUGAAACUACUGCAUUGCUGCAACAAAAGUGGGACAAAAUUUUCUAUACAGGAAAUGGAAAAGUGGGACGGAUAGUGAUGGCUGCUGCUGCAAAACACCUUACACCAGUUGUUCUUGAGCUUGGAGGAAAGUCUCCAACUGUUGUUGAUUCAAAUGUCAAUUUAGAGGUUGCUGCAAGACGGAUAAUUUCUGGCAAAUGGGGCUGUAACAAUGGACAAGCCUGCAUUUCUCCUGAUUAUCUUAUAACAACAAAAGAAUUUGCUCCGAAAUUGGUAGAAGCUUUAAAGACUGAAUUGGAAAACUGCUUUGGAAAGAGCCCGAUAGAAUCGAAAGAUUUGUCGCGCAUUGUGAACUCUAACCACUUUGCUCGCUUGAUAAAGUUCUUGGACGACGAUAAGGUUUCUGACAAGAUUGUUUAUGGAGGUGAAAAGGAUGAAAGCAAAUUGAGGAUUGCUCCAACUAUUUUAUUAGACGUUCCGCAAGAUUCUCUGAUAAUGAGUGAGGAAAUCUUUGGUCCAUUGCUUCCGAUAGUCACGGUGAAUAAGCUGGAAGAAAGCUUCGAUUUGAUCAACGCGGGAACAAAGCCACUUGCUGCAUAUUUAUUUACAAACGACAACAAGUUCAAGGAGCAAUUUGUGAAGAAUGUUUCUGCUGGAGGCUUGCUUAUCAAUGACACUGUCUUACAUCUUGUGGUUCAUACAUUGCCAUUUGGGGGAGUUGGUGACAGUGGAAUGGGUGCAUACCAUGGAAAAUUCUCCUUUGAUGCUUUUACUCACAGAAAGGCAGUUCUAUAUCGCGGGUUUACAGGCGAUUCAUCGAUAAGGUACCCACCUUACACUGAUACUAAGCAAAAAAUGAUGAAGGCUCUAGUCGCUGGUGAUGUUCCUGGUGUAGUUCGUGCGCUUAUUGGAUGGUCUUAAGCUUUAAUUUCUUUUCAAAAUGUGCCGGCUGGUGUUGUAUCAUUUGUUUUGAUUCUACUGUAUUUUACUUUUCACAUUAAUUUCAUUGUAACAUAUUUACAAAAUAAACUUAUAAAGUGAGGCUUGUGCUUUCUAAAAGCAAA